AUGGAUUUCGAGAAGAAAGAGCACCCUGAGUUCCCCACUGUCAACAAAGCACACGUCGAGCAAGUCAUCGUCCCCGAAUUGAGCCAAUGGUGCUUGACUAACGGUGUCGCAUUGGCGUCGAGCGAAAACGUGUACACCGCAGUAGCAGCCCCGACAACGGUGUUCCCAACUCCUGUCCCACGGGCAGCCUACCAGUCCGCGAAACAGUUGCAGAAACCGUUCAACAAGCUGUACGCGCAAAUCGCCAACUCUAAAUGGCUUCUCAAGGAGACCAAGAGCCUCGCCAAGGCGGACCCGGAAUUCACAGGCAGGCUGUUCAAGCUGUACGAGGACCGCACCGCGAAAUCAAAGCAGACGCUAAAGUAUGGUAUCUUCCGCUCGGACUACUUGAUCGACCACAAGACUGCAUCCGUCAAGCAGGUCGAGUUCAACACCGUUUCCGUGUCCUUUGGCGGUCUGUCCUCGAAAGUCGGUGAACUGCACUCGUAUUUGAACGUGAUGGGGAAGUACGACGUUGCAGGGAAGUCCUUCUACGAGCCCGGUGAAUUGCACGUCUCUGAAUCCAUCGUCUUCCUUGUGAAAGCACUUGCCGCAGCGUUGACCCUAUACAAAGUCGACACCGAGGAUACCGCUGCAAAGAGGGAGCAGGACGAUAAAGUCGUCUUGUUUGUCGUGGAACCAAAGGAAUUGAACCUUUACGAUCAGAAACUGCUCGAGUACAACUUGUUGAAGCUGUAUGGUAUCAACUCUCUGCGUGCCACUUUGGAUGAGGUCAAGACCGAGUUCACUUACGGCAGGGACAACAGACUUGUCCACAAGAAAACGGGCAAGGAGGCCGGUGUCGUCUACUACAGAACGGGCUACGACGUACGUGACUAUGCCAAGGAGGACCACUGGGACGCCAGGGGGUUCCUGGAGGAGUCCUUCGCCGUGAAGGCCCCUGACCUAUCGGUCCAGUUGGCAGGGACAAAGAAGAUCCAACAAUUGUUGACUGAAGAUAAAGUCAUCUCGAAAUUCGUCGACGAUGCAAAGACCAAGAAGGAACUGAUGGACAGUUUCGUUAAGAUCUACCCAUUGGACAACUCGGAGCAAGGUAAGCUGGGCAAGAAAUUGGCUUUGGAGAAGCCCGAGAAUUACGUUUUGAAACCACAGAGAGAGGGCGGCGGGCAUAACGUUUACAAGAAGGAUAUCCCCGCAUUCUUGAAAGGCAUCAAAGAGGACGAAUGGGAUGCGUACAUUCUAAUGGAGUUGAUCGAUGCCAAGCCCACAACGAAGAAUUUCAUUGUGCGGGACGGCAAACUGUCCACAGAACCUAUCAUUAGCGAGCUGGGCAUUUACGGUUCGAUUAUCUUUGACGGCGAUAACAUCCAUAUGAACGACUACAGCGGGUCGCUACUAAGAUCGAAGCUGGUCUCCUCGAACGAGGGCGGUGUUGUUGCCGGAUUCGGCUGUAUCGAUAGCAUGUACCUGAUGGAUUGA